AAUUCUUGUGGGCUGUAACUCGUGGGCAAAUAACCUUGUCAGCUUUGAAGACGAGGCUUCGAACUUGUUUUACUUUCCCAGACGGAACUGAGGACGAGCAUAUUGUCAUAAAUCGUGAGAGCGGAAAGGAACGUAUUCGUUUGGUAGAUGAUGAGUAUUUGGCAUGUAUAAUCUGGUCUCAAGGGUUCAAAGUUGACCUCCCAAUUGUCUUGGACACAUGUAAGUAAUGUUUAAUAUUAGCCAUGUUUCUUCGUUAUAUUUACGCAACAGAUACUAACAGCUUUAAUCUUGUAUUUCCACAACAGCGCAACAACCAUUCUCCUCGUGGAGGUUUGAUAAGAUGAAGUCACUCUUCGGCCUGAAAGCAGACGAUUAUAAUGAACUACCUACUUUUGCUGGAGGUGUUAAGGAAACGCCAGAAGAAAUCCGAAAUCUAGUUAUAGGUGAAUUUUUGAGAUUACACAAGACAUCCCAACACAUCACAAGCGCCAAUGAAGCCACCCGUUGUGAAUAUAUUUCCCGUAUCAUUUAUGGUGUGGCAUCAAUAUAUGGAGGUGAAAUAAAGGUUUAUCCUCAGUAUGAAAUCUCAGGAGGUCACGGCAAAGGUCCUGUUGAUUGGGCUAUAAAGAUAGGGAAUAUCAUUAUCACUAUCACCGAGGCGAAAAAAGAGGACAUCAACAAGGAAUUGCACAGAAUGCGAUCCAACUGCAGACAUCCAUCCAGCGCAAUCCUAAAAAACGAACUUAUGAUACGGCAGGUUUGCAGGAAGACGUAAUGUACGGGAUUGUAUCAACUGCUGUGGAUUGGGUAAUAAUCAAGCUAGUUUCGUCCAGCUCCGAUAAUAACAGUGAAGGAAAAGUGGAUGUAUUGUUAAGUUCGUUGUCUCCCUCUCCAUUACCAAUCAACAAGGCUAUAUUGACCCAUGACGAUUUGGUAGAACCUAUCAAGGACU